AUGUCCACAGGAUCUCGUGCUCGCAAGCCUAGCGCCCGACUCGUCGAGUCACGCGAACAUACGGAGGCCAUCGCCAUCGCUGCGGGGAAGAAGCGCAAGGCUCCCGCGCCACCUCUCCCUUCCCGCCGCACAUCGUUGAACGCUGCCGAGAAGGAUGCGGCGAUACAGAUGCAGAAGAUCACACCUGAGCAGGCCCGCCAAGUCCUUGCGCACAACGCGGAAAUGCAGAAGGCCGCUGCCGCGCAAGCGUCUGCUAAGCGCCAGCAGCGCAAGACUAAUACUGCUGCGAAGAAGACGGGCGAGACGUCGCCGACUUCUGUUGCAGCACGCGCAGAUGCUCUUUUGGCUCAGGAGCUCGCCUCUGUUGAGGAAGUAGAGGACGAAGACGUUGCCGCCGAGCGCCCCCCUCUGAAGAAGUCGAAGCGUGCAAGCCAGCUUCCACCAGACGUCUCGGACGACGAGGAGCUCGCGAAAGGACAUGGCGAUGCCGAAGAAGAUGACGAAGUGUCUGUGCUGGGUGCCGCGGACGACCUCUCCGCGGGCAUUGCCGUUAUAGAGGAUGACGAUGGCAAUGGCAUCGAGAUCAUCGACCUCACGCCUGCGACUCCACCGAAGAACACCGUCCGAGAGAAGCGCGGCAAGAUUGGCCAGACACUGUUCACCCCGCGCACACGUCAUCUACUCAACAAUGCAAAACUCUUUGCUCGUGCUCGCACCGCUACAGAGGAGGGAUACGCCACUGAUCCAUCCUCCGCCAUCAUCAAGGACCUCUAUCGCACAGCCGAACGAGCAACCGGCACUGAGGGCGAGAUGCGUCGUGGUGCGCUCCAGCGUCUUCAGCAAGAUAUCCCGCUCUUUGAGGCUGGUAUAACUUACGUUGGGUAUUCUGUGACCGGGGUGCGGAGCGAGAUGAACAGCAAGGCCAAGGAUCUCCUUGACCCCGUCUAUGGUGUUCCGGGUGCGCUCUCCCGCGAGGGAAUUGUCGAGCGCGUGGCUUGGCUCUCUGAAGGCAUGAACUAUCUCUACGGUGGUCUUGAUCUCAAGGCGAAGAAGGUCGAUCGCAAUCAGCCUUUCAUGGGCCCUAUCAUCAAGCCCCUCAUUAGUCAAGUUUUCUUUGGAAAAGGGAAGGCGAACAGCGAGGCACGUCGUGCCAUGGUUCAUGAGAAGGUGAUUCCCGGCAACUUGCUCGCCCUUGUCGGGUCUGCUGUCGAGAAUGCCCUCAAGGCGUGGAGCACAGGCAAGAACUCGGAAACGGCCAUCAGCGAGGAUUCGGGGCGCGAGAGCUAUAUGCGCCACAUGGCCGAUUUCGUCAGUCUUCAAGAGAAAGCUCCCCGCUUCACGAUGCAGGUGCAGUAUAAGCUGCUUCGCGCCAUUCUGAGUGACACCAACAAAACUCAUCUGCUGGACGGCGCGCUCAUCUGCACUCCUGGGGCUCUCGAAGGUGUUGAUUUUGCUGUUCUCGAAGCUAGUGCGAAGGAUGUUUCUGACCUCGAGAACGAGGACCUUGAUUGA